CAAGGUUUCUUUUAGCACUUGGAACACACACUUUGAACGUUUUCGUUCCCGCAUGCUGAGCCAUGGCAACAAAAGAUCAGAUUGGUGAAAAGGACAAUGAUAAGGUUGUAGACGGUAUUGAGGAGGACAAGGAGGCUAGUGUACAGACGGCAUACUCUUCGAGAGCAGAAAAGAUGCGGCAAAUCAGGAACCAGCAGCAAGCGUUGGACCAGGACAAAACACCACCCGGCCUAAUGCCUGCUGGAAGACCCCCGCGUGCGCAGGUCACCAUUCCUGCCUCCAUUGAGCCGUUGACAUCUGAGCCCGAGCCAGAACGCUCAACCUGGGGAAGGUUCCUUUUCACAGUUGCUUGCUGCACAUCUGCUGGAAGAAGAGAUGGGUAUCGAUAAUCAAAUCAUGAAAUAUGUUAAAUUGAUUGAAAGAAGA